CCACACAACGUUUAGCGUCGAGACCAGCAGCGGUCACAGUAUCCCAGGGAACCGGAGAACGGAUCUUGGCUGGUCGUGCUCCAGGGGCUAACAAUUCGACCUUUCGUGAGGUGUUCCAAAGCAGGAGAGGAUGUCGGACUACGGUGAUGACGGAGGGUACGGGGGCGGCGGCGGCGGCGGGGGAGGAGGAGUCAGCAAAUGGACGGCGUCCACCCCGCAAAACAAGGAGGAGACGCAGUCGCUCGACUACCUCCUGCCGGAGAGCGUGAAGGACUUCGUGUUCGAUCUCCACGAUGCGAUGCGGAGGGCCAAGCGCGUCGACGAGCUAGAGCCGCUGUAUAGCACCACCUUCAAGACCGUUACCGACGCGUACUUCAAGGGGAGCACCUGGCCCGAGGCAGAGGUAAUCGCGAACCAGUGCUCUAACGACGAGCUAUUUCUGUGCUUCUACAGAGAACUGCGCAACAGGCACAUGUUUGCCACCACCAAUAAUGUUCAGAUACCGGCCUACCUCCUGUCGUGGGAGAACUACUGCCGGCUGUUCGACGCCCUCCUCGACUGCCGAGACACGAACUUCGUGAUCACGGAGGAGUGGGCGUUCGACCUGGUGCACGAGUUCGUAUACCAGUUCCAGUCCUUCUGCCAGAUGAAGGGGCAGCGUCGAGGGGGGGAGUCGGAGGAGGAGCCGGAGGACGCGUGGGCGGUACAGAACGUGAUCGGCUACCUCCACGGCCUCAUCAAGGUUUCGAACAUCAUGCCCAUUCUCGAGGCGAAGAAGAGGCCGGCGGCAAACGUGGCGGUGCCCGCGGCCCCGUCGCAGCUGCACCAGAUGGCGGGGUACUUCGCCAUCGUGGGCAUGUCCAGGCUGCAGUGCCUCCUUGGGGAUUUCUACGAGUGCAUCAAGGUGCUGGAGGCCAUCGACAUCACGGACAAGAACGAACUGUUCGCAGGCAACAUGCUGGCGUUUGUCACGGUAAACCACCACGCCGGGCUCGCCUUCCUCAUGCUCAGGCGCUACAAGGACUCCGCGCGCAUCCUCAGCGAGGCGCUGGUGCACGUGGGCCGCGCCAACCGUAGCGGGCAGUUGCAACGAUCGGGGUACCAGGACGAGGUGCCCAAGACCGCCGACAAGAUGAUGGCACUCAUGGCCAUCGCCACCAGCUUGGCCCCUGGGGCCAAGAUCGACGAACAAAUGCAGUCUAAGAUGCAGGACACGCACCGGGACAAGCUGGCCAAGAUGGCCAAGGGGGACGAGCAGGCCUUCCGCGACCUCUUCUCGUGGGCGUCGCCCAAGUUCGUGAGCUCCGUCGGCAGCCGAGAGUUCUGCGAUAUGCAGACGCAGCUCUUUAUGGAGGAGGUGAAGCAGCAGAUCCUGUUCCCGCAGAUCCGAUCUUACCUGAAGCUCUACACCACCAUUGGCCUGGAGAAGAUCGCCAGAUUCAACGACCUCGACGAGGAGCAGUUCAGCGCGCAGCUCGUGUCGAUGAAGCACAAGCUUACACAGAUGGACUGGGGCAUGUCUGGGGACACGUCUCUCCUGGAGGGAAAGCCGGGGUUCGCCAUGGACUUCAACUUCUUCGUGGAGGACAAGACGGUCGUCAUCGACGAAGCGGAUGCAAGGGAACAACAGGGGUACGAGAAUUACUUCAUGUCGCAGAUUGCCAAGUGCGAAAACGUCACUUCGCAAGUAGCGCAGAUCGCAAUGUAGGUGUUUUGCAUGAAGGAGGGGGCCUGGUGGAGGCGGGGGGGCGAGGGGCUACCCCUAGACCCGUGGGUCCUUCUAAAGCCCGUAUUCAGGGGUGUUGCGUACAGGUUAGAAAACUUUUGACUCUGUUUCGUGGCAAUGCCUCUACGAAAUAUCGGUUCGGUUGAGAAGGUGUUUUUUGUUGUUUGUUUCACCUCGGCCAACUUACUCGCCUCACACAGAGAGUAAAAAGUAAGAGAUGGAUCUUGGGCAGAUGGCCUCAGGGUAUGUCAAGUAUGGCCUGUACGGUCGAGCUUAAGUCUUGUCUUGAUUUGGCUCGAGUUUUUAUUUUUGAACGAGUCUAUGGUAUCCCUCACGAGGGGACCUGACGAGGAGAGGAAGGUUUGAUCGUAAGACCUGGUGUUGCUGCCCACCCAUUGGCGGGCGACGUGAGCCCUGUUGUAGGCCGAAAAGCUGGCACGAUUGGACACACGCCCCUCAGUUUCAAAGCCGGCCAGUCGCCCUGUGUCUUGGUAUCUACAGGGGCGCUGUUUUGCACCCAGCACAGCAGCUGGCUGGGGCGGACGGGCUCCCUUUCACGCGGAGACGAAAAAGUUCCUAAAUUACGCAUUCGUGCCCAGCCCUGCAUGUUUUCCGGGAAGGCUCACGGGUGGACAUGACGAACACCAUGACGCCUGUCUCCUUCAAGUCUGCUCUGUCCACCGGCCUCGGGGGGUGAUGACUGAAAAUGGUUUGGCGCGGCGUGCCUACCUUACCUUUUGGCCCACUGGUUUUGCAGGCCAACGGAUUCAAUUCAAUCUCGCCGUGGAACUAGGUGCGCGGCGCUGUGGUUUCAGAUUCCGCAAGUAGUCGGGGAGUACACAAAGAGGCAAAGCUUCCUGUCGAUUGAUUCGGGAACGUAAUUUCCAGGGUCCAUGCUGGCGUCGUACUUGGUACAACCAGCCAGAGGAGCAAUAGAGUGCCAAGACUCCAGUGAGAGGCACGGACGCCAUGUUCUGCAAGAAGGGAGCGCCGAUCACUUCUUGCAUCAUUAGUCCCUUCUUUGUACACAGGGCAUACAUUCGGGUGUAACCAACAUCCCCACCUUGGCAUUGUUUGUUUCUCGAGUUGAGAUUCCACUUACCGCUCAAUGCCUUUAGCUUAGCUCGUCGGCUUCGAGUUACUUUUUUUUCGCCGAAUGACGCACUUGGUACGUUGUAGGCGCUUGUUCCCUACCCCACUACCCCACGCCGGACAGCACUAGGCAGAAAACAAUGAUGAGACACGGACAACGAAACGUCGCCAACAUAUACCCAACACGCCCAACACGCACUAGGAAUGUUUCGUUUCCAUCAACCAGGCCAAACACCCCCCGUCAGCCCAACAAGCGGGGAAGACAAAACGCAUACACCAAACCAAAUGCCCUACUCAUGUUUGCAGACAUGCGCACUGUUGGGGUUUAGGGUUUCGGGCUGCUCUUCUCCUAAAGGGUUGCGCCAGAUACCGAUCUAAGAGAACGAGGGCGACACCACCAUUGACGCCAUGGGGGGUCACACGAACCCCUCCCCGCCACGGCCGGAUGGCUGUCGGGGGGG